GUGUCCCCUGUGUCACCCUCCAGGGUGGGGGACCCCGAUGCCAUCCCCCGGGGGAGGGAGGACCCCUCCAUCGCCCCUUGGGGUUGGGGGACCCCUGUGUGACCCCCUGGGGCGGGGGGUCCCCGGGGCCGCCCCGGGGAGGGGGAGCUGCCCGCUGACACACCCCCCCCGCCCCCCGGGGGCUCUCACCGGGUCCGGGCCCGCGGCCGCCGGUGCCGGGAGGGCUCCGGGGGGACCGAGCUGUCGCCGUGUCCCCCCCACCCCCCCACCCCCCUCCCCGGGGCUCGGCGGGGGGCGGCGGCGGGUGGAGCCGGCGGGGGGCGGGGGCGGGGGGCGGCCGCAGAGCGGCGGCGGCUGCGCGGCGGCGGCGGGAGCGGGGCCGGGACCGGGACCGGGAUCGGGACCGGGAUCGGGAUCGGGAUCGGGAUCGGGAUCGGGAUCGGGGCUGCGCCUGGGACCGGCACCGCGGCGGGGGCUGCGACCGGGGCCGGGAGCGGGGCUGGGACCGCGAUUGGGACCGGGACCGGGAUCAGACCGGAGCUGGGACCGGGACCGGGAUCGGGAUCGGGAUUGGGAUCAGACCGAUCAGUCCGCGGCACCGGCAUCGUGUGGGGGGUGUCGGAGCGGCCGGUCCUGCCCUGCCUGCCCUGCCUGCCCUGCCUGCACUGCCUGCACUGCACUGCCUUCCCUGCCUGCACUGCCUGCACUGCACUGCCUUCCCUGCCUGCACUGCCUGCACUGCACUGCCUGCCCCUGCACUGCCUACCCUGACUGCCCCUCCCUGCCUGCACUGCCCACACUGCCUGCCCUGCCUGCCCUGCCCACACUGCCUGCCCUGCCCGCGCUGCCCACACUGCCUGCGCUGCCCACACUGCCUGCGCUGCCCGCCCUGCCCUCGCCGCCCGCAGCACCCUGAGCCCCGUGGCGGCGAUGGGCUGAGGGCGCCGGGGAGGCGGGGGGGUGCCGGGGGCAGGAUGAGGCCGGGCUCGGAGGGCAGCGGGGAGGGCGAGGGUCUCUCCAGCCUGCGGGCCUUCGCCCACAGCUCCUCGCUGCACGGCAUCAGCCACGUCUUCGCCUACGGGGCCGUGUCGCUGCGGCGGGUGCUGUGGGGCGGCUUCUUCCUGGGCUCGCUGGGGCUGCUGCUGCUGGUCUGCGCCGAGCGCGUCGCCUACUUCCUCACCUACCCCCACGUCACCAAGCUGGACGAGGUGGCCGCCCACAACCUCACCUUCCCGGCCAUCACCAUCUGCAACCUCAACGAGUUCCGCUUCUCCAAGAUCACCCGCAACGACAUGUACCACGUCGGCGAGCUGCUGGCGCUGCUCAACGACCGCUACGAGAUCAGCAACCCGCAGCUGGCCGAGCCCCACGUCCUGGCCGCGCUGCGCGACAAGGCCAACUUCAAGAACUUCAAGGCCAAGCCCUUCAGCAUGGCCGAGUUCUACAACCGCACCGGCCACGACCUGGCCGACAUGCUGCUGCAGUGCUCCUUCCGCGGCGCCAACUGCACCGCCCGCAACUUCACCGUGAUCUUCACCCGCCUGGGGAAGUGCUACACCUUCAACCCGGGGGGGCCGGGCCGGGAGGUGCUGACCACGCUGCGGGGGGGCGCGGGCAACGGCCUGGAGCUGAUGCUCAACGUGCAGCAGGAGGAGUAUCUGCCCGUCUGGGGGGACACGGACGAGACCUCCUUCGAGGCGGGGGUGAAGGUGCAGAUCCACAGCCAGGAGGAGCCCCCCUUCAUCGACCAGCUGGGCUUCGGCGUGGCCCCCGGCUUCCAGACCUUCGUCUCCUGCCAGCAGCAGCGGGUAUCCGGCCCCGGAGCCCGGGGGGGCCCCUCUGACCGCCCCCUUCCCCCGGGCUCGGUCCCACCGCUGGCAGCGACCCCCGGCAUCGCCCCACCCCCCCACCCCCCCCAACCUCCUGCCCAGCAGAAGCGGGGCGGGGGCGGGGGGGGGCAUCCUAAAUUCAGGUGCCACCCCAUCGCCAAGCGCCGUCCCCGCACCGGCCACCGGCCACCGCACGGCACGGACACCCCCCCACCCCCCACCCCCCGGCUGCUGCCCACCCCGGUCCCUGCACCCCCCCCCCGGCCCUGGCCUGCUGCCAGCCGGGGCCACGCACCGGUGACAACGGCCACGACGCCCGGCCCUGUGCCUGGCGAGCAGGGGCAGGGGUGGCAGCAGGGUCCCUGGGGUGGCAGCUCCGUGGGACAAGCUCUGCCCGAGGGACAGGGCACCAUGGCGGGCUGGGGACAUUGGGGACAUCAGGGACACCUGCCCGAGGGACAGGGCACCAUGGCAGGCUGGAGACACCGGGGACAUCAGGGACACCUCCCCGAGGGACAGGGCACCAUGGCAGGCUGGGGACAUUGGGGAUGCCCACCCAGGGGACAGGGCAUCGUAGAGGCUUGGGGACACCAGGGGUGCUCACCCGAGGGACAGGGCACCACAGUGGGGUGGGGACAUUGGGGACACCAGGGAUUUCUGCCCGAGGGACAGGGCAUCAUAGAGGCUUGGGGACAUUGGGGACACCAGGGACACCUGCCCGAGGGAUAGGGCAUCAUAGAGGCUUGGGGACACCGGGGGUUUCUGCCCGAGGGACAGGGCGUCAUAGAGGCUUGGGGACAUUGGGGACACCAGGGACGCCCGCCCAAGGGACAGGGCACCAUGGCAGGCUGGGGACAUUGGGGACACCAGGGACACCUGCCUGAGGGACAGGGCACCGCGGCGGGUCUGGGGACAUCGGGGCCAGCGCGGUGGCCGUGUUUUCCUUAGCCGCGGUGGCAGCUGGUGUACCUGCCCCCCCCCUGGGGGGACUGCAAGGCCACCCCCAUCGAGUCCGACUUCUUCACCAACUACAGCAUCACCGCCUGCCGCCUGGACUGCGAGACGCGCUACCUGGCCGAGAACUGCAA